AUGCGGACUGCCACGGAACUUCUGACCAGUGGAUCGUCUGUUAACGCGGACGAAUUGGACUUCCGAGUAGUGUCAUCAGAUGCAUGUUUGGAUCUGUGUGAAGCGCAGUUACUUGACCCGGAUGGACUGCAUUCAAGUGACGAAGAACAGGAGGAUGGAGAAUAA